GCCCUGGCAUAUAAACCGACACAGCCCGGAUACCGGCUCCGUGUACAGACCUUACCAGCUCCCCCCUCCUGUGUUUACCGGUAACAUGAGUCCGGGGCAUCCAGGCAGCAGCGCGGAGUAAGCUCUGCACCCUCAGCCUUAUGUCUCUUCAACGUGUGAAGCCAGUCAAGGAGAAAUCAGGAGAUCAGUCUCCGGCCAUGGACUCGGCAGUGCAGCUUCUAAGCCGGGAUGGUCACACCAUAUCCCACAACUCAAAGCGGCACUACCAUGACGCCUUCGUGUGCAUGAACAGAAUGCGCCAACGGGGACUCCUGUGUGAUAUCGUGCUCCAUGUGGGGACCAAGGAGAUCAAGGGCCAUAAAGUGGUGCUGGCAUCCUGCAGUCCUUAUUUCCAUGCCAUGUUUACAAAUGAGAUGAGUGAGAGUCGACAGACUCACGUGACGCUGCACGACAUUGACCCACAGGCCCUGGAGCAGCUUGUACAGUAUGCGUACACAGCAGAAAUUGUGGUGGGAGAGGGCAAUGUUCAGACGUUGCUUCCCGCUGCCAGCCUGCUGCAGCUGAAUGGGGUGAGAGACGCCUGCUGCAAGUUCCUGCUCAGCCAGCUCGACCCAUCCAACUGCCUCGGAAUCCGCAGUUUUGCCGACACGCAUUCCUGCAGUGACCUGCUGAAGUCGGCACACAAGUAUGUUUUACAGCACUUUGUAGAGGUGUCCAAGACUGAGGAAUUCAUGCUGCUGCCACUUAAACAGGUGCUGGACCUUAUCUCUAGUGACAGUCUCAAUGUUCCUUCAGAAGAAGAGGUAUACCGGGCUGUGCUGAACUGGGUCAAACAUGAUGUGGAUGCCAGGAGGCAGCAUGUCCCCCGGCUGAUGAAGUGUGUGCGGCUCCCUUUGCUGAGCAGGGAUUUCCUCAUGAGCAGUGUGGACACCGAACUGCUUGUGCGUCAUCACUCGGAGUGUAAAGACCUGCUCAUCGAGGCGCUGAAGUACCACCUGAUGCCAGAACAACGCGGAGUGCUGAGCAAUAGCCGAACCAGGCCGAGGCGCUGCGAGGGAGCCAGCACGGUCCUCUUUGCAGUAGGUGGUGGGAGCCUCUUUGCCAUACAUGGUGACUGUGAAGCAUACGAUACACGUACUGACCGCUGGCACAUGGUGGCUUCCAUGUCUACUAGAAGAGCUCGAGUGGGAGUAGCAGCCAUUGGGAACAAGCUAUAUGCCGUGGGAGGAUAUGAUGGCACAUCCGAUCUUGCCACCGUGGAGUCCUAUGACCCAGUUACAAACACAUGGCAGCCCGAGGUUUCCAUGGGAACACGACGCAGCUGUCUAGGAGUGGCCGUACUCCAUGGUCUCCUGUAUGCCGCCGGCGGUUAUGAUGGUGCUUCGUGUCUGAACAGUGCAGAACGUUAUGACCCGCUGACAGGUACUUGGACAUCUAUAGCUGCCAUGAGCACACGACGCAGAUAUGUUCGAGUAGCAACACUAGAUGGAAAUCUUUAUGCAGUUGGAGGAUAUGACAGCUCUUCUCACUUGGCCACGGUGGAAAAAUAUGAACCCCAGAUAAAUACGUGGACUCCAAUCGCCAAUAUGCUUAGCCGGAGGAGCAGCGCUGGAGUGGCUGUCCUGGAGGGAAUGCUGUACGUAGCAGGAGGGAACGAUGGAACGAGCUGCCUGAAUUCAGUGGAGAGAUAUAAUCCUAAAGCAAACACAUGGGAGAGCGUGGCCCCAAUGAAUAUUAGAAGGAGCACUCACGACCUGGUAGCAAUGGAUGGCUGGCUGUAUGCCGUGGGGGGGAAUGACGGCAGCUCCAGUUUGAAUUCUAUCGAGAAGUAUAACCCACGCACCAAUAAGUGGGUGGCAGCCUCGUGCAUGUUUACCCGGAGGAGCAGCGUAGGGGUGGCAGUGCUCGAACUCCUCAACUUUCCUCCACCAUCCUCUCCUACCUUGUCUGUCUCGUCUACCAGCCUCUGACAAAGAACCCACUUCUGCUUGUCUAGGAGGGACCUGCGUUGUCUACCAGAGCUGAAGACUGGGAGACAUUGGAGAAGAUAUGUGGUUCUGCAAUUUUAGGGGGUUUCUCCUUAGUAUGUCCCCUUUGUCCGUGUUACCUUUUCACUGAUGGAACAGCCUGUGUUGGUGGCAAAGAUUCCUCUUUGCCA